AUGUUUAAGAACUGCACAAAUGCUACACAUACCUUGGCUUUGAAAGCAUGUGCUAAACUACGUGAUCGUGAACGUGGUAUUCGAAUUCAUCGACAGUUAUCAUCACACGCACUUCAGGGUCCUUUUAUUCAAACAUCACUGAUUCAUUUUUACAUGCAAUGCCAUGACAUUGACCAUGCUCAACAGAUCUUUUCGGCCAUUGGCAGAAAGACAAUUUUUAUGUAUGGUGCGCUAUUCAAGGGUUAUGUCUCCAAUGAUAUGCCUGAAAAAGUGCUCGAACUAUUUGAUGAAAUGCCAAUAGAACCCGAUGAAGUGAUCAUUACAAUAUUAUUCAAUGCCUGUGCCAAACUUGCAAAUACUCAUGCAGUGAAACUUGGAAAAGACGUGCUGAAUCGAUUACCAACUGCUGUUUUUCAACAUCAUAAAUUAGUGAAUUCAGCCAUAGACAUGUUGAUGAAGUUUGCUGAUGUAGCGCAUGCGGAACAUCUCUUCCAACUAAUCAAGAAUAAAAGCAUUGUAACAUAUGGAGCAAUGAUGCAAGGUUAUGUCAUGAAUGAUAUGUCCGAGAAAGCAUUAAAUUUAUUCGAAGAAGUUUCUUUCAAAUCGAACGAAGUCCUGUAUGCCAUUGUGUUUAGUGCAUGUGUUUCAUUAUCUAAUGAAAGAGCCAUUCAAUUUGGAAAGAAGCUUCUUCAUCAAAUGCCGACGAUGUUUCUCGAUGAUGUUGUUGUAAUCAACUCAGCAAUACACAUGUUGAUGAAGUUUGGUGAAGUAGAAGAUGCUGAAUGUCUCUUCUCACGAAUGAAGAAACGGAACUUGUACACUUAUGGAGUAAUGAUGAAUGGCUACAACCUUAAUGAUGAAUCACACAAGUGUUUGAAACUCUUCCAACAAAUCAAGCAACAGAACAUUACACUCAACGAACCGUUAUCUAUGUCAUUGAUUGGUGCAUGCUCUCAGAUCGGCAUGCGUUCGAUCUGUCGAAAUAUUGUUGAUCAGAUUCCGAAUCACGUCGGAAUCACGGAAAAACGUUAA